GUGCUGCAGCAGGACGGCAGAGCGGCUCGUGUUGUGCCGGCCAUGACGAGAUGCUGCUGGUGACAGCGGCGGUGUCGGAGUGAGAAUGAACGCCUUCAGUAAGUGCUGGGAUGGAUGAGGAAGGUUUACCGUCAGCGCACGGUGCAGUAACACUGAGCUGUUGUGCCUCUGGCUCCGAGAUGGUGUCACCUCUGUGCGCUUUUCCCUCUGCUAUCCGGACAGGGGACACUGGCGGAGAAGUGACACGCCGGCGUCGGAAUUUACACAGUUAUCAGUGUGAGAAGAGACGAGCGGAGUAGAGGCGCUGUCAUGGAGAGACCGAGCAGAGUCAAGGAGGAAAUGCAGACAUCGAAGGAGGAGAAGCGCAAAGAGAAGAAGCCGAAAUCUGGGAAGCUGUUCAGGAGGAAAUCGUUAAAGUCCGUGGGGAGCUUUAUGAACAGAAUCAUCAAAACUUUGGGCACUUUGACCCACUUUGGAGACGCUGACGCGCAGGACGCGGAGGACGACGACGGGGGGUUUCGGAAUGGCGCACCUUGCACCCUGAGCGCCGGCGCGGGGAUGAUCAAGGAGGACGUACAGGUGACCUGGGACCGUGUGGUGAAAAACACCUCGAGCACGUCUUCUUCCCUGUGCGCCGGCAGAGAGAAACUACUUUACCAAUACGCAGACAAAAUCCCGGGUGUCCUGGGGCUGAAGAACCACGGCAACACCUGUUUCAUGAACGCUGUGGUUCAGUGUCUGAGCAACACCGACCUGCUGGCAGAGUACCUGGGUCUGGAGCGGUACAAGCUGGACCUGAAUCACACCAGGAUAAACGGGGUGGUGAAAAGUGAUGAGACGCGGUUCGUCAGGGGAGAAGUCACGGAGCAGUUGGCAUCACUUGUCAGGGCUCUGUGGACUCUGGAGUACACGCCACAGCUGUCUGUGGACUUUAAGACGAUAGUGUCCAAGUACGGAUCGCAGUUUCGUGGUAACUCCCAACAUGACGCCCUGGAGUUCCUCCUGUGGCUGCUGGACCGCGUCCACGAAGACGUCAACCUGGCGUCCCACAAUAACAACAACAGGACCAAACCUCCUGCAAAGGGCCCCGGUGGAGCUGAGGAGGUGCUGUGUCCCGACCCGUCCCAGACCCAGCAGCCCAGAGUCCAGCACAGCUUCGUCCAGGAACAUUUCCAGGCACAGUACAAAUCUUCACUGACUUGCCCCCACUGUAUGAAACAGAGCAACACCUUUGACCCCUUCCUCUGCAUCUCACUGCCCAUUCCUCUUCGACAGACCAGGUCGCUGUGUGUGAUUCUGGUGUUCAGCACCAAAGGACAGAGGUACCUGCGGGUCGGGCUGGCUGUGCCUCUGUUCGGCUCCGUGGCCUGCCUGAGGAGGAUGGUGGCUGACGAGGGGAAAAUCUCCCCAGACCAGGUGAUCCUGACGGAGGUUUACUCCACAGGGUUCCAGCGCUCCUUCUUUGAUGAGGACGAUCUGACCAGCAUAGCUGAGAAUGAUGUCGUCUACGCCUUCCAGGCUCCGCCCCUGUACAUCAGAGGAGGCUCUGCACGCAUCUCAGGUUACCAUCACAGCCUCCCAUCAUCUCCAUACUCCACUGGUCCGGAGGGUCAGAGGUUACCUUCAUCUGGAACGCUGUCAUCAGAGUUCCUCAACCAGGGCGUCCCUGUAAAGAUUCUGCUGUUGGUCUGCAACGCUGCGGGGACGGGCCAACAGGCUGUUAGGUUUGGACCUCCGUUCCUGAUGAGGGAGGAUCGGUCUAUUUCCUGGGACCAGCUGCAGCAGAGCAUUCUCAGCAAGCUGUAUUACCUGAUGAUCAACGGAGCUCAGGCCCAGAACACCAGAGUGCUGUUUAACAUCCGUGUGGUGGGAGGAUCAGCAUUUUACAGCUACCUGUCUCCGCAGGACGGGCGGCCACUCUACCACCCUGCUGUCGACAGAGCCCUGAAGCUCUGCAGCUCAGGAGGACCACCACACGUGAAGCUCAUCAUCGAGUGGGAGCACAGAAUCAAAGACUGCCUGUUUGGUAACAUUCAGGAGGAGGUGGUGAAGGACGCAGACAGUGUGAGGAAUCAGCAGCAGCAGCACGUCCAACAGUACAGCUGCACCCUGGAUGAGUGCUUCCAUCUCUACACCAAAGAGGAACAGCUUGCCCCAGACGACGCCUGGAAGUGUCCCCACUGUAAGCAGCUGCAGCAGGGCAUGGUGAAGAUGAGCCUGUGGACGCUGCCAGACAUCCUCAUCCUCCACCUGAAGCGCUUCAGGCAGGUGGGGGAGCGGAGGAACAAGCUCACCACGUUCGUACAUUUCCCUCUGGCGGGUCUGGACAUGACACCUCACAUGGUGAGCCGCAACCACAGCGCCCAUCAGCCACCUCUCCAGCCUGGCUGGAAACAGUCCCGACGACCCGACCUGGCUCCUCCUGACUUCCUGUACGAUCUGUAUGCUGUGUGCAACCACCAUGGAGGGAUGCACGGCGGCCAUUACACAGCCUUCUGUAGGAACUCAGUGGACGGGCAGUGGUACAGUUAUGAUGACAGCAGUGCUGAGCCGGUGCCAGAGGCGGAGGUGUGCACACGUGGAGCCUACAUCCUCUUCUAUCAGAGAAGAAACACCAUACCUCCUUGGUCUGCCAGCUCCUCAGUCACCGGUUCCACCAGCUCAUCCGCGUCUGACCACUGGCUGGUCAGACUGGCAGGGGACAGUAAGAGGGGCAGCGUGGUGUCAGGAGGACCCAUCCCUGGACCUCCAGGGCCCACACAGGCCCCUGAGUCUCCUGAACUGCCGGUGUUUAGAGAGGAACCCCCCAAAGCAGUAGAAACAAAUGGGUUCGAAGCCAAACCGUUUGUCCGUGGGAGCCAAGGCAGGAGCGUGAGCAUGAGAUCACCAACGAAGCCGAAGGAGCCUCUGAGCAAAGUUCUGCCACUGCGGUGGUCUUUUGGUUCCAAGGACCGCAUCAGACACCCGGCCCAGACCCAGCCUGGAGAGCUGGUGGAGUACCUGGAGUCCGGGCGCCGCCCACGAUGUACCAAAGACCCGAUCAUAACGCUGGUGGCCACGCCGCCACAGAGGAGCGCCCAGGGAAGAGCCUUUGAAGUAGGACAGGACUGCAGCUCACCGAGCGGCAGCAGUCUUAGUUAUACAGACAGACCCAGCUCCGACACUUGUUACUCCCCCAAAAUACCAGAGGGACAGAGCAGAGUCUGUCUGGAGAGGAGCAUGAGCCAGGGAGUCUGUAACAGCAGCAGCGUCAAAGUCAGAGAUGAUGGUUCUCUGAGGCAGAGGUCAUCUAAGAGACUGAGGCAGGACCACGGCAGGACCAUGGACCUCCAGAUGCAGCUUCAGAGACAGGCUAUUCUAGGGGAUCACAUCAGCCACAGUGCACCUCCGAGCAGAGACUCCACACUGAGAAGGACCAAGGUCCAGACAGGGCCAACCUCCAGGGCACAGAAAGGCUUUUUACAGAUGGCCAUUCAGCCUGAGGACAGGAAGGGACAGAGAGGUCAGGAGGGUCGCAGCCACGACAGCCUCUUGUCUUUUUUCAAACCUGGUUUCAUGAAGAAAGACAUUCCUGGGUCACCAAUCAAGGGACAAGACCGGCGUCUGAACGGCCACGGACAGCUGGGAAAGCUAGCAAACUGUAAUUUAGCCAAACUGUCCCUCUCUAACGGAACGCUGACCACGGCAGCACCAGACGAGAGGAAGGCCAACGUCAUCCCGAGUUGUGACGCCCAUAACUGCAAAGUCCAGCUGCUCAACGGAAAGGCUGGGAUUCAUGACCCUGUAGACAUUAAACGUGCUCACAGCUCCAGUAACAUCCAGACGAGGCUUGAUUUGACAUUUCGCAGGUGUGCCUCGCUGCAGAGGAACGGCGAAAUAAUGGCUCCUCCAGCCCAUCGCAUCCUGCUGUCUGACAAGCCCAGCUACGCCACCCUGCAGCGGACACGCUACAGUACCACCUCCCUGGUGCCUCUGUGACAGCCUCGAAUGACUGUUGAACACUAGGACCUCUCUACUGAUUUCUACGCUCGGCACCUAGAAGCUCACAGCAGGAGGCACCGCUGGAAACCAAGUCUAUCUUCUCACUCCCCUUCAUAGUACUGUUAUAAGUUCUUACCUGUGUGUGUCUUAAACUAAAUCUAUGCAGAGUUGAAUUUAUGAGGAGAAAUACUGCUGUAAUGUGAUUUUCUUUUUUUUGUUUUUUCCUCAUUUUGUUUUACAAAGCAGUCUACUGUUUAUUCACGGUUUUAUUUCUGAGUUUAUGAUCAAUAUUUGAGAAGAGGAGGGUGAUUUGGUGAAUCUGCAUGUUCUCGGCCUGUUAUGCAUCCAUAACACCGUCAUCUGUUACCUGGGCUCAAACAUGUGAAGCUGUUAAACACUGCAGAACCUACUAACACCGGCACUGUAAAUUGGCUGCUAUGAAAACAUUCAUCAUUUGCUUUGUCAUUCAGCAUCACUGUCAUGUGAGAUUACAGAUGCACUUUCUUUUCUUUUAUAAAUCCAUAUUUUGCUGCGUGACCAGAGCUGACAUGAUUAGUGACAUUGCUAAUGUAGCAGCAAUAACACCGCACCCAAAUUGGAAAGAAGGUGUUUUUUUCUGUUUCAGAUAUUAAUUAAACAAUUCAUCUAAAACAUACACAAACAGACACUAAUCAGCAGCAGAGGUUUGUGGACGUACACUAGAUGAAAUAGAGGGAGAAUCAAGGGGAAUCUCCUAAAUAAUAAAUGUUAACUUUAAAGGUGCAAUGUGUAAUACCUGGCCACAUGCUCAAAACCAACAGGGGGCAGCAUUUCACCUCUAAGUCAACUACAACUAACAGCAGGGCAGGGAGUUUACCAAAAGAUAUUUGGCCAAAGAGCUGAGUUGCAGCCGAGUGUGAAGCAGUCGGGAUGAAAGUCAGCACCUCCAAAUCCGGGGCCAUGGUCCUCUGCCGGAAACCGGUGGAUUGCCCCUUCUGGGUUGGGAGAGAGUUACUGCCCCAAACGAGGGAGUUCAAGUGUCUUGGGGUCUUGUUCACGAGUGAAGGUAGAAUGGAGCCUGAGAUGGAUCAACGGUUUGGUGUGGCUUCUGCAGUGUUGCAGGUGCUGCGCCUGUCCAUCGUGGUGAAGAGGGAGCUGAGCUGGAAGGUGAGGCUUUCAAUUUACUGGUCCAUCUACGUCCCAACCCUCACCUAUGGUCAUGAGCUCUGGGUAGUGACUGAAAGAAUGA